AGUCUGAGGGAUUAUAUAUUAACACCAGGCAGCUCAGAUUCUUGCACACACAAACACAGGUGGAUACACCCACUCACGAAGGCUUGUGGAUACUGUUUUCCCUCGACACACACAGACCAGCAGAAUGAAGCCAGAGACACAGCUGGUGUGUCACAGCACAGGGAACACACAGUAGAAUCAGAAGAAACGAAGGAUUUAACUGAUGGACGCAGAGACGGAGUGCAGUUUUUCUCCGGUCACCAUGGAGGUGUGGAGCUCGGCAUCUGAGGAGGAGGAAGAAGAAAAGAGCUCUUCUAGCUUUGCUGAUGAAGUAAUGGUGGAAGAGAUGACAUGCCUUAACAGCAAUAAUAAUAACAAUAAUAACAACAACAAGGACAACCUUUGUCGGGAGGUGACACAAGUGCUGUGCUCAGACAGAGUGGGCCAGGUCACCAAGACGUAUCAUGACAUCAAGGCAGUCACCCACCUACUGGAGGAGAAAGAGCGGGAUCUCGAGUUAGCAGCACGGAUCGGUCAGUCCCUCCUGAAACAGAAUCAAGAACUGACGACCCGCAAUGGAAUACUGGAUGAACAGCUUGAAAUUGCAAAGGAAGAGAUUGCUCAACUUCGUCACGAGCUCUCGAUGCGAGACGACCUCCUUCAAUUCUACGCAAGCACUGAGGAGAUUGAGAACGCUGAGUCACACUCACCAAUAAAAAGGAAUGAAUCAUGCAGUUCUCUCAGCAACUUCGUCCACUAUGACUUCCUGCAGAUGAAACUGAAGGGUUUAGAGGAUGAGAACCGCAAACUGCGAUUGGAGGCCACAGAGCUCACUACAGAGACGACUAAUUACGAAGAGCAAGAGCAGGAGCUGAUGAUGGUGUGUGUGGAAGAACUCUCCUCUCUCAACAAGCAGGUGGUCGACCUGUCAGAGGAGCUAGCGAGGAAAGUAGAGGAUUCUCUCCGACAGCAGGAGGAGAUCAGCUCGCUGCUCGCUCAGAUUGUUGACCUACAGGCCCGCUGCAAAGCACUCACCCAUGAGAAUGAGGAGCUGAACCAAAACCUGAGUGCCUCCCGUGAGAGCCAACUAAAACUUAAAUCAGAGCUCAAGGACCUGCAGGACAAGUACUCAGAGUGUGAGGACAUGCUCUGUGAAGCCAGAGAGGACAUCAAGAAUUUGCGGAACAAGAGCUUACCUAACAGCACGGUGCAGCGGUACACCGCGCUGGCCUCUGUCCUCCCCAUGGACUCAUUGGCUGCCGAGAUAGAGGGCACCUUCCGCAAAGGCCUGGACACCCCGGCUCCCUCAGAGUACAAGAACCACCCGUGGCGUGUGUUUGAAACCGUGAAGGUGGUGAACAAGGCCGUGAGGAGGCGGUCACAUUGCCACUCCCCGGGGCUGCCCGGCUCCAGCCCGGUUUCAGCUCGCUCCAGUUGCACCAGCACCCCCCGAACAAGCUACUAUGGUUCAGAUAAUGCCAGCCUUACUCUGGAGGACAAGCCCAGCUCCAAUAAUGGUCAGAAAGAAGACAACAGUGGUCCAAAACGUCUGGGCCAGCCAGGCACACCAGGAGGCCAGGACCUGGAAGCCGCCUUGCGCAGCCUGUCAGCCCGCCAGCAGAACCACUCGUCUGAGCGUCCAUUCUUUGAUGUGGAGCGUGAGCGUAAACUCCACGCCUUGGCAGCAAAGUGCGAGGAGGGCAACGGCUCCAGUGGCUUCUUGACACCAAAUGACAGCCUGGUCUCCAGCCCAGCAGCAUCGACGGGCACCAACUACUCCAACGGCAGCUCACGGCACUCCUGCGGCUCCUCAGGAGGAUCCAGGUCCUACCUGCCAGACCGCCUGCAGAUCGUCAAACCUCUGGAAGGCUCAGUGACUCUGCACCAGUGGCAGCAGUUGGCCAAACCAAACCUGGGAGGCAUCCUGCAUCCACGUCCCGGCGUCCUGACUAAAGACUUCAGAGAGCUCGAGGUCGACAUACAGCACGUCUACAGUCUGAAUGACCUGGAGGAGGAUGAACCUGACCUGUCGCACCUCUCCGGAGCACAUGGCAUGGCCUCUCCAUCCGGUCCCAACCUCCCUCAGACCUCUCCCACACAUACCAUUACUACCUGCCAAGUCCUCCAACCCUCCCUUCUCAUCCCUUCCUUCUCCACUAGCCUUCACUCUUUCGGCCUGCCAUCUUGUCGGAACUGUGAGCUCGUAAGUACUUCAUCGCCAUCCCACCAACAGCACUUUGGCCUGGGAGUCCAGGCCACCACCAACCCCACCACCACAAACGAAACCACUUCAUCACUGGGACUCCUGCAGCUGCUGCAAGAGCAUGGCAUCUCAGCCUCUCCUCAUCCCCACCACCACAACCUGCACUGCAGCCAGAGUGCAAAACCUUCAUGUUCCACGUCAAUAGACAAAGGUGGAGGCUCAUCACCGGACAAAGAGCGAAGAAGGAACAUUUUCAGUCUGAACUUGGUGGAGAAGCUUCAGAGUCUCGGGCUGCACAGAGUGGCAGCCUGGGGGAUGAUGGGCCGCCGUGGUGCAGAGAGAGAGAAGCAGUCAGACUUAGUCUGAAAGUUUGAUGAGGACUGUUCCUCUCUUAUUCCUCUGUCAUUCACCGUAGUGACUUUGCAUCCAGCCAUGUGAUUCUCACUGUGCAGUUCAGGGCACCACAACUCCGAAGUCUCAACAACAGAAGCCACAGAAUGUGCUAGAGCCAUACUUUAGGUUGACUGUAGUGUACAGUAAUGUUCUUUUCUAUGAAUUUGUGUACAGUAGUUGUGUGUGUGUGUGUGUGUGUGUGUGCUCGCGUGUGUGUAACAUCUUCAUCUCAGGACAAUCGCCUGAUCACCUGUCUGUUUGACUGUAGCCUGCAGUUUCUUUUUAUACACAAAAAAAAGAAACGUCAUGAAAAAAACAACAUAUUUUUAUACAGUGUUUCAUGAUUUUACACAUUUAUUCCUGCCAUUGGUAAAAGAAAAACCUCAUUAUCUGUCUUUUUUAGUUUUUAGUUUUCAAAGUAGAAGAUCACUCACAAGUAUAUGUAUAUAACAAUGUUGUCAUUUGGGAAAGUUAGAAAAAAAAAGACUUUGUGCAGUAAAUUAUUGUUAGUUGAAACCACAAACCAAACCAAUGCUGUCACACUGAAGAACUCUCAAAUGCACUAAAAACCCACUCCGGUCUUCCUGCUUAUUAUUAGCUGCUACACUGUAGGAAAGCAUGUUUGUAUAUACGAUUGUUAAAUAUCCUGUAUGAACACUUGAGAUCAAUAAGCCUUGUGAUGACACCUGCCCCAAACUGGGACGGAUUAUACACUGACUGAACUGAAAGCUGGUAAUAUCCUUUAGAUGUCCACCCCACCCCUCAUCACCUGCUUUCACAUAGCACAUGCUGUCAUGGCUGCAUACAGCACAGCAUCACCUGUUGGCGCCUAGCUGACCUCGCAGACUUAAUCCUGAGCCGGACCUUUCACCAAAAACAAAUCAGGUUUGCCGCAUUGCAUCAAAGACGGUCAAGCAAUAUGUAUAUUUACUGCUGUAUUUUCACAUCAUCAGGAAUUUUGAAAUUGCUGGGAUGUAAAUGAAAUCAAAACUGCUUUUUGGGGGUAUUCAGCGUGGUUAUUUAAGGACAUGUAGAAGGGUGGUCAUAAUUAUUUCAACAGCAUGUUUCUCUGAAAUCUUUGUGAACAAUCAACUGUAGCAAACAGGCAUAGGAUACUGUGGAUUCAAAAGGGAAGAAAUCAUCAACACAGGUUGUUGUAAUUUGUGUUCUGAUUCAAAUCAACCAAACCACUGUUUCUCUGCACUACUGUGUGCUCUGUUCUGUGUUAGCAUCACAACUCUAUACAGUAUGUCGGUGUGUGUAUUAACUUUACCACCUGUGAAUAAAACAUUGCAUUUCCAUCUA